GAGAGAGAGAGAGAGAGAGAGAGAGAGAGAGAGAGAGAGAGAGAGAGAGAGAGAGGCAGGCACACGGGCCAGGAGCACACCGGUCGGACUCGGGAGUCGCGAGGAUGGAGAUCCGUCCGGACCGCUUUAAGGCUCAGGCAGGAAAAACUUUGGGAAAAAUACACAGACUCCUCGAGAAACGUCAGCAGAAUGGCGAGACGAUCGAGCUGUCAGCAGAAGGUCGUCCGGAGCUGGUGGAGGAGAAGGAGCUUCCCGUUGUGGACUGCACGUGUUUCGGGUUGCCGCGCCGUUACAUCAUCGCCAUCCUGUCAGGCCUGGGCUUCUGCAUCUCGUUCGGCAUCCGCUGUAACCUGGGUGUGGCCAUCGUGAGCAUGGUCAAUGACCACACGGUUUACGCAGGAAAGAAACCUGUCAUAGUGGCUGCUCAGUUCACAUGGGACCCCGAGACAGUGGGGAUGAUACACGGCUCCUUCUUCUGGGGUUACAUUGUCACGCAAAUCCCAGGGGGAUUCAUCUGUCAAAAGUUUGCUGCUAACCGGGUGUUUGGCUUUGCCAUUGUGGCCACAUCGACACUGAAUAUGUUGAUCCCAGCAGCAGCUAGAGUUCACUACGGGUGUGUUAUCAUGGUCAGGAUCUGCCAGGGCCUUGUGGAGGGUGUGUCAUAUCCUGCAUGUCACGGGAUUUGGGCCAAAUGGGCUCCGCCCCUUGAAAGAAGUCGAUUAGCAACAACAGCAUUCUGUGGUUCAUAUGCCGGUGCUGUUGUUGCAAUGCCUUUGGCUGGAGUCUUGGUCCAGUACACCGGGUGGUCCUCAGUGUUUUAUGUGUACGGGAGUGUUGGGAUAUUCUGGUAUCUCUUCUGGAUUUUAGUGUCCUAUGAGAGUCCAGCUGCUCACCCUACCAUCUCACCAGAGGAGAGGAAGUACAUUGAGGAUGCCAUCGGGGAAUCCGCCGGCCUGGUCAAUCCCCUGCAGAAAUUUAAGACUCCCUGGCGGCACUUCUUUACCUCGAUGCCAGUGUAUGCCAUCAUUGUGGCUAACUUCUGUAGAAGCUGGACCUUCUACCUGCUCCUCAUCAGCCAGCCUGCUUACUUCGAGGAGGUGUUCGGCUUUGAAAUCAGCAAGGUGGGGCUGGUGUCUGCACUUCCUCAUUUAGUCAUGACCAUCAUUGUGCCAAUCGGAGGACAACUGGCCGACUACCUGAGAACACAUAAUUUAAUGACCACAACAAAUGUCCGUAAACUCAUGAACUGUGGAGGGUUUGGCAUGGAAGCCACUCUACUCUUGGUUGUUGGUUUCUCACAUACCAAAGCAAUGGCCAUUUCUUUCCUUGUACUGGCUGUUGGCUUCAGUGGAUUUGCAAUUUCAGGGUUUAAUGUGAAUCAUCUUGACAUUGCUCCACGUUAUGCCAGUAUCCUGAUGGGAAUCUCCAAUGGAGUGGGAACUUUGUCAGGAAUGGUGUGUCCUCUCAUAGUUGGAGCAAUGACCAAACAUAAGACUCGUGAAGAGUGGCAAUAUGUCUUCCUAAUUGCAGCACUGGUGCAUUAUGGGGGUGUGAUAUUUUAUGGGCUCUUUGCAUCAGGUGAGAAGCAGUCAUGGGCGGAUGCUGAGAAUACCAGCGAGGAGAAGUGUGGCAUUCUGGGAGAGGACGAACUGGCCAAUGAAACCGAAGAGCUGUACAGGACUGGCGGACAGUACGGAGCUAUAAACAAUCCGCAUGCUGGUGGUCCGAAUGGGGGCGGAGCUGGCGCUGGGGCAGGAUGGGUAUCAGACUGGGAUAAAACAGAAGAAUAUGUUCAACCAGUUGGGACAAAUAGUUAUUUAUAUGGUGGAGAAGGAGAGAGAGAGAGCUCACAUAGUGGGAAGAAACGCAUACAUCUAAAGGAAUAAAGAUCAAUACAGAAUAAACAAAUACACUGAGUGAGUGAAUGAGUGAGUGAGUGAGUAAAAGAACAAAUGCGUUUCCAAACUGAUAAGGAGAUUAUGUGAUGAUUGUUCUAUAAACAUACACAAUAAGGUGUGUGUGUAGAUGUAAGUUUCUUGUGAGUCAGAUUGAGAAUACAGUGGUGCUCUGUUAAUUAUAUGUUCAGUAUUUUAGGCUUCCUGCCAAAAUCACUGUAAUGCACUUAAAAUGACACAGCGAUAUUAGACAUGUUCAUGGUUGUCGUGUAAGAGUAUACAGUAAAUGAGCUUCUGUGUGUGUGCUCACGGUGAGUGUGUGUAUGUUUCCUUACUGUGCUCACUUCCUUUUGUUUUAUCCAGUGCUUUAAAUAUGGUAAAAGGGUUCAAGCAAAUCUAUGGAUGUGUAGACAUUUAUUUGAUCAUAAUGUUGUGCACUUAUACACAAUAUUCUUAAAGGGACAGUCACCCAAAAAUAAGAAUUCUGUCAUUAAUUACUAUUUCACAAGUCAUAUGUUUUAUAUGAUAUAAUUUUGGGGUGAGCUGUUCCUUUAAAACAUUACUGAAUGUGUUUGUGAGUUUAAACGACCCAGAUCCUCAUCAUUGGGUCAGUGCACAAGUGAUCACAAGCGUGUUUUUGUCCUCUGAUGUACUAUAUUACUCACAUACACACAUUUUCAUAAGCUUACAUGCACACACACUCUCAAUAAAUCUGUGGGUGAGUCUGUUUUAUGCAUGUUCAAGGUUUACUUAUAUUACUGCCAGGCUAAUUUUUAAUCAUUUAUACAUUACAUUUACAUUUAUGCAUUUGUCAGACGCUUUUAUCCGAGAUGUAUACAUGGAAACCCAUGAUUUUGAUGUCAUCUGCUGUUUCAGUUAGGCUACAUGAAUGCCAAGAGUCCAAAUAUAUGUAUACACACACAAACACAGAAAUAUACAAAAUGCCAUGCAGGUGAAUUUCAAGGUAAAAGUGCCGAAAUUCUGAGUUUCUAGAUCUGUGUGAGAAAUGAAUGGGGCUGUAAUCUCAGCAUAUGCAGAUUUUUCCUCAUCAUGUACAUCCAUUUAGAGGCUAUUCAGUCAAAGUGCAGUAUGAGCUUAGGGAACCAAUCAGAGAACAGCAUUAGGGAAUGGAGAGAGGAUGAUGGUAAAUUAGUGACUCUCUGAUUCUGACACAUAAUCGGAUGUUAUUUUACUUCAUGUGUUUGUAUUUUGUAUUCGCGCUUCUUUCCUAAACAUUUAAUUUGUUUCUUUCUUAUUUUGUUUGCCUAAAUGUUACUUGACUUGUCAUCAAAAAACAAAAAGAUUUUAAAAAAUGAGUAGAGAAAAAUUAUAUAAUUGUAAAAAAAUGUGUACAAAUUGUAUAUGUGAAAACUCCCUGUGUACAAUAAAACUAAUUAAAUGUAUAAA